AUGGCCAGAGUGUUGCCUGUCGGUGGUUGCAGGGGCAUCUUGAAGCCACAAAAUGAUGGGAGCAUCACCAGUAUUGACGCUCUCAAUGUCCGGCUUGAGAACCAGGUCGUAAUUGUAGACGGUUCACAGGACAGUCAAUCUCAUCUUCCUGCUUCCAUAAAGAACUUCACGUUGAGCCAGAAAGAGAAAACUCUUAAUGAACUGGUACGAUAUCAUUGUCUACCAUACACCUCCACAGGUAAGAUUGGUCUGGGCAUCAGAUCAUUUCUUGAUAUCCGAAGCUGGUUCCAUAGUAACAAUAUUCCGUCAUGCGUGGUCUGCAAUGAAGCUUGUAUAAAGGCAUCAAGUUGUUCGAAUGAGGGAUGCAAUGUUAGAAUUCAUGAGUACUGUUUGAAGAAGAAAUUUUCGCAACGAAAAGAUUCAAGAGCAUGUCCUGGUUGUGGUACUGAAUGGCCCCAACUGGAGGGUGAAGUCGAUGGUGAUGAGGAUGUGAAUGAGCCUGGGGAAGAUCAAGCCCCAUCAGCUAACCGUUCUUCGAGGAAGAAACACAAGGGAGUCAAAGUCGAACUGGUGGAAGGAAAUGGAAACACAUGCCCAUCAACGGUGAUGCCUUGGAGGAGAUUGAGAAGCACUAAAGCUGAAGCAGUGGAGGUUGCUCAGCUGGAGCUUCGCAGGCAACCAGGACUUUGA